UGUCUGAGAGGGAAGUUCGGAAAGAUUUGUACAGCUUCCUAUGCCGCGAAAAUCUCAUAACCGAUUUGAAUGUUGUUUUAUACAGUUAUCUUAAACCGUUAGGAAAGUAUGACAACAUGUGUAUGUCAGUUGUUAGUCUGAGCUAAAUAAGGACGUCGCGAGAGUGAGCUGUUGUCAAAGCGAACAGUAACAGUAACGUUAGAAGACAGUCCUCACCUAACUGGGUCGACGGGCUCCAGUCUGCGGAUUUCACAGACUUGAGAAAAUGGAGGCUGUAUCUGAGACAGAUGUGCAGUUUUGGAUGGCCAAAGCCGUGAGCUGGGGGGAAGCUAUGUCAUGUUCUGCUCUUCUGGACACAAGCAGACACCUUGGCUCUCUGAGGAGCUUUCUCCAGCAAGUUCUGCAGGGCUUGCAACAAAUGGGCUCCACUAGUGAGGCCAUGAAGACAUUUCCUUUUGUGGGCCAGUUCCUGGGAAGACUUUGUUGGAACCCAUGUGUUAUUGCGGAUGAGAGGAGCCAGAGACUCCUGCUGCGGUGUUUGAGCUGUCUGUACAGCGCUGAGCCACUGAAUGCUGUUGAACGAAAAGCCAACAUGUGGAUCAAGAAUAUGUUGUGUCAUCUGAUCUCGGAGGAGGAGGGAAGUGUAGCUUAUGCUACAGUAAAACAUGCUGGAUCAACCCCGAAGCGAUAUCACUCGGAGGCUCUUCAGAAGAUUGUGUCAAUGAUGACAGAGGAUGUCAAUAAAAGCUGUGACGGCUUGCCAAACACGUCAGCCAGGUGUACAAAUAGCAAUAUUUAUGCCAUGUCAACAGCAUGCGCUGCGUUGGUCACAUGUCCUCACAUGUCUCCUCUUAUUGGAGCUCUGUUGAAGCAUUCCAUAUUAUGUGGCUUUUCCUGUCUGAAUCAAGAGUUCAUUAAGGAAGUCGGUGAGGCCUUGAUCAGUAAGAGGCUGGUGCUGGAGGAUGAGGCCGUGGUGAACCUGUGGUGUUAUAGUCCCACCUGUCUGGAGGGGGCAGCAGUGAGCUUACUGGAAUCUGUGCUGUCUGAAACAAUGACACAGAGUCUGGACAAACAUGUCAAUGACUCAUUCCUGCCUCAAGCUUCAGCCAAGCACUGUCACAUCUUCCUCACAAUCAAUGAAAUUUACAGGAAUGUGCUGACAGAGAUUGAUGAGAACCUGGCCGUGAGAGCCCUUGUACAGGUUUUUACUGUCUGCUUCCUCCAGAGACUGGCUGGACAAAAACCCCAGGAUCGUUUACCACUCAGAGCCUUCUUCCCACGUGUGAUGCCCAGUUUACUUGCUCCUUUACUGACAGCACCAUCAGAGGUUCCCAGGGAAGCCUGGCUGGAUCAUCUGAGCUGGAUCAGAAGUUUACUUCAGAGCGUGACGGAGAAUGAGGAGGCGGGGGAAGAUGUCAGGGCGUAUCAGGCUGUCUUUGAGGCUUGGUUCCUGCUGGUGCAGUGUGGGUAUUGGGUGGACACAGCUGCUGAGCUGCUUGUUCUGGCAGCCCCCGAGAAGGCCGAAGCUCUGCUGUGGCUCCUGACGUUCUUCCACCACCCCACCGACAGGGGGCACCAGAGGUCCCAACAAACCGCAGUGGCCAGAGAAGCCUGGACCCAUCUAAGGAUGCUGUUUCUCACUCGUCCUCCCCCUCCCAGACACCUCGGUGCUGUGAAAGAGCUCCUGUCCUCCUCCCUUUCAGCAAACCUCGUUUUGCAUUUGUUUUCAAACUUCACCGUCUUUUCCCACGGACCUGUUAGCAUUAUCACUGAAAUAACUGACAAGGUGCUGACUGAGGCUGCUGUGAAGCGCAGGGCACUGUGGAUCCUCUCCUCAAUACGCUGCAGACUAAACAGUGGCGCUACGCGGGACGACAGGGUUCAUUCCAGGCUGAGGACUCUUCAGGACACCCUCCUCCAAACCUGAGAGCCUCACAUAAAAAGUCCUAGCUCCGAGCGCUCGCCGAAACUAUUUAUUAGGACGAGGAAUCCUGGCGUGGCUCAGUUACGCACCGAAAAGCUGGGUGGGACGAUAUGGCAUUUAUAGAAGUGAAGCCCAGCUGCCGUUUUUAACUUAAAAGCAGUGGGUGUUCUCCCCUUAAAACCAAGAGGGGCCUCCUCACUUGAUGUAUUGAGCCAAAUAAAAGGAACACAUGUAUUUCUAUCUGUGUGUUUGGAUGACAUCAAACGGGAAUGGGAGAAAGUAAAUUUCCAGGGAUGUGACUGCUGUCAGAUGUGCGGUUGUAUUUCCUGAGUGUUUGGACUCGGAGACUUUGUUGUUUGACUGCGGAGCUCAGUCUAGCUAACACGCCGUUUGUCUUCGCUCACUGUCCUCCCACACACUCUUCUGACAGGAGAGCAUGCCGGAGUCCUUCUCACCACAUGAGCGCUCUGUGUGUGUGUGUGUGUGUGUGUGUGUAGUCCCAGCGCAGGGCCUCUUGAAUAGUUUAGUCUCUGUGUACUGUACUUUCUAGACUCCAUCAUCACUAGUGCUUCUCCAUGGGUCUCCGUCUCCCUGUAGGGCCAUUUCCUCAGAGCGUUUUCCCUAUUCAUACUGCUCAAGCAUGUGUUUAUAACUCAAAACUGGGUCAUACUCAAUUUACGGCCUUGCCGAACUAUAUAAGAAUGUCACUAUUGUCUUUCAUUUGGAUGAUGUUAUUCACAGAAAUGACAAUUUGUUAAAUUUACUCAACUUCGGGUCUUUUAAGAUUUUGUUUAAUUGGGGUUUUUUUUGUGAAUUUUUGUAUCGAUUCACUUCCUUGUGAAUGGUACUGAAUCGGUGCAUAUUUCUCUUCUGAAACGAGAAAUCUGUAUCAUAGAAAGAGGACUCGCAUUUUAGCUAGAAGCAACAGCUUAACUUAUCUACUUUUUGCCUGAGGGUAAAUUUUCUGUAAUUUUUCAUUUUUGGGUGACCUGUUGCUUUAAAGCUAGUUUAACUAACUGCUACUAGUGAUGUCCACAGUUCCUUAAUAUCACAAUUGUGGUGGGAUCACAAUUAUAAGAAGAUGUGAUGUGUUAAGUGUUGUAGAAACACUAACAGUGAGGAUAAGGUGACAUGUUUAGUGUAUAAACAUGCAUCAUCGGCACAUAUUUCUACAACAAACAUUUCUUGCUAUCUGAUUGGGACGCUGGAACUUGACACGGUGGGCACAGGGUGAACGAGUUCAGAAAGCGCUGAUGUUGAAUUCAGCAUGAACGAAAACAAGAUGUACCUAGGCGUGAACGUUCAGGUAGCCCAGCCCUUCAACACUUCAGAAAGACACAUUUGUGCACGGUAUUUGUUUUUAUUUUUGACAAUACUAAAUAUGACAUUUUAGUCUUUUUGUUCUAGCUUAAAUUUGUAAUGAUUUUAAUCAUUAAUAGUCUCUGUGAGCAGCAGUCAGAUAGAUCCUGAGUUGAAUGUGAAGGUGACUGAAGACCAGAGAGAUCCAAAACCUGCAAAAGAGAAGAGCCACAAUCAGUACAAUUGAAAACCUAAUGAUUCAUGAUGAUAUCAAAUAAUGCAAGUUGAUUAUACAACAGAAAUGUAUGUGAAAAGGUCUUUUAAAAAGUAAUAACGGAUUCAAAAGAAAUAACAAAGUUAAAAAAUUUUUGUUUGAAA